CGAAGGUUCAAAAUCUCCCGGAAAAUCUGAUAAUCGUUCUCCUGCAGGUGAGGACGAAAGCAAGCAAAUAACGGCUGAUGAUAACAAUAAGACGAAUAAAUUAGAAUCAGAAGGUCAAUCUCGUUCUUCAAAGCGUCAAACAAAAUCACCUUCUGUCAAGCUACUUCACUUGAGGCAUAAAGUCCAAAGAUUGGUGUUAAAAAAUCCUGAAUUUGAGGAGAGCAAGAUCGGAAAAGUUAUGAGGAAAAUUGCGGAGCUAAAAAUUGAACCCGAUAACUAUAAUAUUAUAGGUAGAAGCGAAGAAUUGAUUAAGAAGUGGAAAUGUUUAUUGGAUACACCAACAACCCUUGAAGGUACUGAAGAGGAGGCUUCACCAAAGAUGGCUCAAACGGAAGGUGAAUCUCCUCAGAAUGAGGAAACUGUCAAAUAUGAAGAAAACAGUCAAGCCAUUAAAACCGGGAAGGAACCCGAGAAUAAGAAAGAAGAACAAGAUCGCGCUGAAAACAGUGAAGGUAAUUUUGCCAAGGAGAUAUCUUCUAUGGAUGUUGACCCAGUUGAACCUCGUGUGGAAGAGGAAAAGCACGUUACUGAAGAAAACAUUGUUACGAACGAUCCCCCAUCUACCGCUAAUGGUCAAGGGGGGCCCACUAACGAGAAUGAAGUUCAUACUAAAACUGAUUAG